AUGGUGAAAAAUAUUUCAGGCAGACACGUCAAGCACCGUGGAGCUGAAGGAACUGCGCUGGUCGUAGCGCGGGGCGCGGAGGGGGGCGUCCGCGCCCUCCUCCCCCCGCCGCCCCUCGCACUCCCUGCCGCGCUGCGUGCGACCGCCCGCUUACUGCAAUUCAACAUCUACCCUGAGACGAACUUCGUCCUACGUACUAAAGGAACCGCGGGAGAAAAAACAUGUUCAAAUACUUGCCUAGAUUAA